GCAGACGGUUUUUAUCCACAGAUUUAAAAUAUUUUCAAACAAUUACCAUGUCUAAAAAACAUGGUUAUACCACGAUCCCUAUUUUUCUUAGUGGCAGGCUUGAGUAGUUUUACUGUUUAUAUUGCGCAAUGCAACAUAUACCACAGCUGCUAACUGGAUUGUAAAAGCUGGGGCACUUGGAAAACUGGAUAUCUGAAAAUCGAAUGGAUUAAACAUCUCCAAAGGUUUCAGAGCCCUAUCUGACACCACAUCUCAUAAAUAUUGGAUGGCUUCUGUAAUAUUAAAAAUUAAUGUUUUCAAUUUAAGUUUUCAAAGCGGAGUCUGAGUGUCCGCUCAAAGAGAGAGGGCGAGAGGAGGUCCAGUCAGACUCUACCUGCCGAUCAAACGCGCGCAGCAUCACACGCGGACGAGCGCGCGCUCUCCUCCAGGUGCGCGAGGGGGUCAGACUCAAACGGACCCGAUGAUGUUCGCGCUCUUCAAAUUUUAAGGAGAAAAACAUUUCUGCGCCGAGUGCUGGGUUAUAAUACACCUGUGACGCCCGAGGCGAGUGAGACCCAGAUUUUGGAGUGAUCUGCAUUCUGCAGACUUAUGUCAAACUCCCGAGGAGCUGCAAUGGCAUCGAUCGGGGAGUUUGAUCCGCUAAACAGCAGCGUACCUGCCACUAAAAUAGAGAUCACAGUCUCGUGCAGGAGUUUGCUGGAUGUUGAUACAUUUUCAAGGUCAGCACCAGUUGUUGUGUUGUACAUUCAAGGGAUUGGUACUAAAGAGUGGAGAGAGUUUGGUCGAACAGAAGUGAUUGACAACACUCUCAACCCGGACUUUGUGAGGAAGUUUGUCUUGGAUUACUUCUUCGAAGAAAAGCAGAACCUUCGGUUUGACGUAUACAAUGUGGACUCUAGAAGUUCAAACAUCUCAAAACAUAAGUCCUUCCUCGGCCAGACUUUCUGCACUCUUGGAGAGAUUAUUGGGUCCUCUGGGUCAAGGAUGGAGCGCGUGCUAUCGGGCAUUCCAGGGAAAAAAUGUGGGAACAUUAUCUUUACAGCCGAGGAACUCAGCAAUUGCCGGGACAUUGCAACCAUGCAACUCUGUGCUAACAAGUUGGAUAAAAAGGAUUUCUUCGGAAAAUCUGAUCCUUUCUUGGUGUUUUACCGAAGCAAUGAAGACGGCACGUUUACUAUCUGUCACAAAACAGAGGUGAUAAAGAAUACUCUGAACCCUGUAUGGCAGCCCUUCACCAUCCCAGUGCGAGCUCUCUGCAACGGAGACUAUGACAGGACAGUGAAGAUUGAUGUUUAUGACUGGGACCGAGAUGGAAGUCAUGACUUCAUCGGCGAAUUUACCACCAGCUAUAGGGAACUGUCUCGCGGACAGAGUCAAUUCAAUGUCUAUGAGGUCUUAAAUCCUAAGAAGAAGGGGAGGAAAAAGAAAUACGUCAACUCUGGCACGGUAACACUUUUGUCCUUCAAAGUGGAAUCCGAAUACACAUUUGUGGACUUCAUUCGGGGCGGAACACAGCUCAACUUCACUGUAGCCAUAGACUUCACUGCAUCUAAUGGAAACCCAUCACAGCCAUCAUCUCUCCAUUACAUGAACCCAUAUCAGCUGAACGCGUAUGCCAUGGCCCUUAAAGCCGUGGGGGAAAUUGUGCAGGAUUAUGACAGUGACAAACUCUUCCCUGCCUAUGGCUUUGGGGCUAAGCUUCCUCCUGAUGGCAAGAUCUCUCAUGCUUUUCCCCUCAACUCUGACUGUGAGAAUGCAAACUGUGUCGGCAUUGAAGGCGUGCUGGAGGCAUAUUAUGACUGUCUCCGGAAAGUACAGCUCUACGGACCAACCAACUUUGCCCCUGUCAUCAACCAGGUGGCACAGUGUGCGACAGAGGUGACAGAUGGCUCUCAGUACUUUGUGUUGCUGAUCAUCACAGACGGAGUCAUAUCUGACAUGGUACAGACUCGAGAAGCCGUGGUAACUGCUGCAUCCCUGCCCAUGUCCAUCAUAAUUGUUGGAGUCGGCCCUGCUGAAUUUGAUGCUAUGGAAGAGUUGGAUGGAGACGAGGUCAGAGUGUCCUCAAGGGGACGUGUUGCAGAGAGAGACAUUGUGCAGUUUGUGCCGUUCCGUGACUACAUCGACCGAUCCGGGAACCAGGUGCUCAGUAUGGCCAGACUGGCCAAGGAUGUUCUGGCUGAGAUUCCCGACCAGCUGCUUUCGUUCAUGAAGAGCAGAAGCAUCGAACCCAGACCAGCCCUCUCAUCCUCUCCCAUACCACAGAUAAACGUCCACCUCUGAUCCUAGAUUAGUUUUUUCCUACACCCUCAAACACAGCUAUAUGUCCAUGUUUUAUCUCCAGUCAGCCACUGGGGAUGCAUAUUUUCCACAUCAGUUAGCAGUAGCACAUUAUGUAGUUACACAAUAAUAAAUGAAAAUCAGGAACACGUUAUUGUAAGUAUGUGGUGUUACACUUAAUAAUCAGCCAGUGAUCACUUAAAUAACCCAACAGUUUGUGCUUGCGUGAAACGGAAGUUGUGGAGGUACUGGGAGGGUGAAUCACACGAAAACUGCCAGAAAAUGUCUGGGUAAUAUUUCACCCCAAAAUCAAAAGCUGUCAAUUAGGGCUGCCAUCAGGGCUAAGAAACUUAAUUUGUAAUAUUAACUUAAAAUUUGAAUUAAAUUUUUUUUUUAUUUCAGGUAGAGGGAAAAAGCUACAAGACAUCUGAUUUUUAAAUCAACAUUAUCUCCUGGGGGGGGUUUCACUCCGAAGCAUUUUCGCGUCUGUAUUUGUCUAUGUACGCAUGCACUAGACGGACGUCUUUGUCCAUUGCGGUGCGUCUUGUUUUUUUAAGCGUCUCGUGCAGGAGCACUGCGUUUUUUUUAGACACUGUCAGCUUAAAAGGAAAUUAAAUCAUGCUCCCUGAUCUGUUUUUAAAUUCCGUAAUAAAAGUAUGCAUUUUCGUACCAUUGGAGCAAUUCAAGCUGUACAUGUAACUUUGUGUUUUUAUGAGACAGACAUGUCAGCAAGGGGCAGUUACAUAAACAUUACUUAAAAAGCUCAUUACGGUGUAUGAAAAAAAAAUAUAAUUUCAAUUUAAAAGCACAUUUGUACAGUGCCAUUUUAAGUAUAUUGUACAUUAUUGUAGUAUUUGUUCUACUGCCUUUCGUUUAUGCUGAUCUUUAAAAAACUAAAAAAUUAGAAUAAGAUUUCUUUUUUUCAUCACAGUAAUGAAACUUUUGGAGGAAAAUGUGCUUAAUUGUAAUAAAAAUAAUGUCACACAAGGCAAAACAUCUUAAUGGGCAUAAAUGUUCUAUAUGCAAAAUACAAAUUUUUCCUUUGGAUUCUGGGGGGAAAUAUGACCUGGAUUUUUCUUUGUGAAAUUCACCCAGGAACACAAGCAUGGCACUCUCACACCCUGCUGAUACAGAAAGUGAGCGAGUGGAAGCACAGGCUGUGUCCUACGCCGUAAUACCCAAACACACCUCGCAUGCACACGUCACCUUUAAUGGCAUCUUUGUAUUUCACAUAGUUUCUUAGUCCGAGGUUUUAUUUUCAUUCUCUCACAGGCUGAAUGAGUUGCGCUGGCAUACUUUUGAGUGUGUAAAUAUUUUCUAAUUGGUGCACGAUAUUGAAAGGAGGUAAUAAGAAGCUAAGUCAGGCAGAAAAACAGAUGCCUGUGCAGGAAUGCCUCAAGUACAACUAAUUACCUACUGAAACAGAGGUGCCAAUCAGUGCAGUUCAUCCAGACAGAGGAAGAUUUGGGGGGGGGAUAUCUAGUGUGUAAUCAGGGAGAGGUUAAUGGGCGAAGGAAGUAGGUAGAGGAAUGCUGUGACAAAGAUAAAUCAGGUGAUCACUAAAAUGAUGAGCGAAAGAGGACGAUGCUUUUGAAGCUGUCGGGAUAGAGGUGGAUUUUUUGCGCACACUGCCAUGUUGAAAAUUCCGAUUGUGGAUCCAAAAAUGAUUGUAGACUCUUUGAAUGUUUGCUGAGAUCAGAACAUUCCAGUGGAAUCAUUUAUUUUUCAUUCCUUACAGUGCUUGCAAGGCAACCAUACGUAUUAAACUUAACAACCUUAACCACAACAGACUCCAUUUAAACUUUGUUUUGUAGAUAAUUUCAGUCUUAGAUGUGCUGUCUAUUUUUGGUUUUAUAAACUUUAAACUUUUUAAAUAUCCCAUUAAAUUACAAUAAGAGGCUUUUUUGGCAUAUAUGCAAGUUUUUUUUGUCUUUUUUUUUUUUUUUGGUAAAAAUAUCUAAACUUCCUUGAAACAAGAAAAAAUUACUUAAGAAGCAGAGUGACAUAUGAUAAUUUGUCUUUUUUUCAGAGAAAUUUAACAAAAUUUUGAGACGUUUAUGCUUAAAACAAUACAAAACAAAUUUAAAGUUGCCAAAUGGGUAAGAAAAAUAUACUUUCCCCUUUGAAGGUUUUUUCUUACUACACUGGGAAAUGUCAAUUUUGUUAGAUUUUUCUGAAAACAAGACAAAAUGUCUUGUGUAAUUUUGCUUUUCAAAUAAAUGUAUCUUGUUUUAAGAACGUUUAGAUAUUUUUACUGGAAAACAAGACAAAAAUACUUAUUAUUUUACUUAUUUUUUGGACAAAAUUCACUUUUAGCAGAUAUACUCAUUUAAAAUAUAUGGCAGGCAAAAUAUAUUGAUGACUCAUGCUGCACUAUACAAAUUUUUGUCCAAUCAAAUGCUUUCUAGAAUGUCCUCCCCCUGCAACAGACCAGCAAAUAGCAAAUCAUGGUUCAUGUCUAUGACAAAGCUAAAAACUAUUGGUUAUUUAAUGUAAACCAAAGACCAGAUUUUAGAAUUAAACUGUGAAAGUCUCACAUUGACUUACAAUGAUGCAGUUUGCCUUUUAAAAUAUAACAGACAGUGAAGACGUCAUUGUAAUAUUUGAAUACUGAGUUCUGAUUGGUUACAUCUAUCUUACAUCUAUUUACACACUGAAUUGGUCUUUUCUUUCUUGCAUCUAUUUAAUCAUAUAGCCAUAAUAUAUAGCAUUUACAGUGCGAAGUCAAAGUUUCAUGUUCAUAUUCGUAUUUAUACAGAAUAAAACACCUAAUUACCUAAACAUAAACACUAUUCUUUUGCUGCCAUGCAAGCACUGGUGUUUCCUUAAGGAAAUGCAAUUCUAGUUCAUUUUGCUGUAUAUAAUGAAUAGUGCAAUAACAUUUUACAUGCAUUAUUGCACUGCACCACAAUGUAUGGAUGUAUCAUUCAUAAACCUCGUUGCUGUGAUCAAAAUGUUGCUCAGAUAUUUUCAUGUUGAAUACCGUUUUGAAAGUGAUCUCCAUAUUUAUAUAAAGUAUAUACUAUUCCAAGUGUUCUAACUGUUGCUAUAAAGUAGAUAUAAUCCAUGUUUGUUUCAUAGUAAAGACAGCUAUAUUAAACACAGCUGCUUUUGCCAAAGUGCUAUAAUGUCUAACAUUCCUGUGAGGGUUGUGUAUCGAUAUGUGUGAGGCAAAGAUGUUCCUUUUAUAUCUCCUUGUUGUGUUUUUAAUAAAGCAUGAAUGUCUUGUGUUAACGUCUAAAGAGUCUGACAUGCCUUGCCCCAUAGACUUCCAUCGUGAGUGCAUUGCAACCCGAUUUUUGUUUGUUUUUACAAACUGAGGGACAAUCAAAUGUAUUAUUUUUGUGGUAAACAACAGAAGAUAUCAGAUGUUAUCCAUAGACUUAAAUUGUACUGAUUCCAGUACAUUCCUUUAAAUUAACUAAGAAUUUUAUUUAAUUAAGUCUA